AUGAAGUCUAAUACUAUCUUUCAUGUCUUGUCUUAUACAGCUGGGGCUGGAGUUGAGGACUCAGGAGCUGGUGUUGAGCACCAGAGCCAGUCUGGUGCUGGUUCGGAAACAGGCAUCGGUAUUGGUGCCGGCGGAAAACCCUCUAAAGAAAGACAAGCAGGUGCUGCUAACGGUGAUAUCACUGGAGGGGGCACUCUACCUGGAGCUAAACCUCUGAAGGCUCCAAGAGGAGAUACACCUGGUGAAGGAGAGGGAGAUGCAGGAGGAGGAGCAAGAGGUGUUGGUGGAGGUCCUGAUGGUGCAGGAGGAGCAGGCAGUGGAUCUGGCGGAGUAGGAAGAGAUGGUGAUGGUAGAGGAGGAGGACCAGGAGGAGCAGGCAGUGGAUCUGGCGGUGUAGGAAGAGAUGGUGAUGGUAAAGGAGGAGGACCAGGAGGAGCAGGGGGGAAAGACGGUGGUGCAGUUAGAGUGGGAGGAAGUCCUAACGGUACAGGGGGAGCUGGAGGUUCAGGAGGUGGAGGAGCAGGAGUAGAACCUGGAGGAGUUGGAGGAGGUGCAGGACCAGGCAGUAGUGACAAACCACCCAAAGGUUAUGGAGCAGGUGGGGCUGGCAGUCUGGGUGCAGGAGGUGCUGGAGGAGCAGCUCUGGUCCCUGGGACUGGUGGUGCUGGUGAUGUAGGAGCUGGAACCCCCAAACCAGGAAAAAGCUACGGAGCUGGUGGAGUCCUGCCAGGUGGAGGUCUACGUUACCCAACUGGGGCUAGAGAAGGACUGGGCUCAGGGAAGCCGGGCAAAGGAUAUGGUGCUGGCCAAUUUGGAGCAGGAGGACGACGUCCUGGAGGAUAUGGUGCAGGACCAGGCGGAUACGGAGCCAGUCCUGGAGGAUAUGGCACUGGACCCGGUGGUUAUGGGGCCAGACCUGGUGGUUAUGGUGCUGGUCCAGGUGGUUAUGGGGCUGGAGCUGGUCCUGGUGGCUAUGGUGCUGGGCCAGGUGGAUAUGGUGCUGGGCAAGGUGGCUAUGGUGCUGGGCCAGGUGGCUACGGGACAGGGGCUGGGCCUGGAGGAUAUGGAUCCAAACCAUACAAGACUGGAGGUGCUGGAGCCGGUGGUGUUGGUGGAGGUCUGGGUGGAGCUGGCAGCCUGGGUGCCAUAGGAGCCGGACCAGGAGGAGUGGGCGGAGGUCAAGGAGGCGGUCUAGGUGGAGGUCAAGGUGGAGCUGGACCAGGUGGAUAUAUACCAGGUGGAGUUGGUAGCAGAUACCCCACAGGUGCUGGAACAGGCUAUGGGAGAGCUGUUGGAGCUGGAGAUGGGCUUGGUGGUUAUGGUGGCGGAACAGUUGGUUAUGGACCAGGAGGAACCGGGGCCGGACUAGGUGGGGCUGGGGCCGGGCAAGGUGGAUAUGGUGCCGGACAUAAAGGUUAUGGACCAGGUGGAGCAGGGCCGGGAGGAGCUGGGGUCAGACCAGGUGGAGCAGAGGCCAGACCUGGUGGCUAUGGUGCAGGGCCUGGAGGUUAUGGGGCUGAACCUGGUGGCUAUGGACCAGGUGGAGCAGGGCCGGGAGGAGCUGAGGUCAGACCAGGUGGAGCCAGACCAGGUGGAGCAGAGGCAGGACCUGGUGUCUAUGGUGCUGGGCCUGGAGGUUAUGGGCCUGGGGCUGGUCUUGGUCCUGGCGGAGCUGGUCCUGGAGGUUAUGGGGCUGGACCUGGUGGCUAUGGACCAGGUGGCGCUGGAUCUCAUAAAUAUGGUAUGCUAAGUGGUUCCCUUGGAGGGGGACAAGCAGCUGGCCAGGGAAGAGUGCCAGGAGGGGGAGCAAGGACUGGGCUAGGUCAGGGAGGAGUGCCUGGAGGGGGAGCAGGUACCGGGCUAGGCCAUGGAGGAGUGCCUGGAUCUGGGCUUGGUGGCGGUAGUAGUCCGGGUGCUGGGUAUGUACCUGGCAUUGGAACCCAUGGAGGUUAUGGACCAGGAGGUGGUGCUGGGACCGGACUUGGUCAGGGAAGAGCCGGGGCCGGACCAGGUGGCUAUGGACCACUUGGAGCUGGGGCUGGACAGGGAACUGGAGCUGGAGGGUAUGACGCAAAUGCAAAAGCUCGUAAAUAUGGUAUGCUAAGUGGUACCAUUGGAGGAGGACAAGCAGCUGGCCAGGGAAGUGUGCCAGGAGGGGGAGCAGGGACUGGAGUAGGCCAGGGUGGAGUGCCUGGAUCUGGGCUUGGUGGUGGUGGAGGUGUCCCCGGUGGUUAUGGUCCUGGAGCUGGAUUUGGACCUGGUGGUGGAACUGUUGGUGGUUAUGGACCAGGAGGGGGUGCUGGGACCGGACUUGGCCAGGGAGGAGUUGGGGCCGUACCAGAUGGCUAUGGGACUGGGCCUGGUGGUUACGGACCAGGUGGAGCCGGACAGGGUGCAGUGAAGCCAAACAAAUCAGGUUAUGGCUCCUCCUCCUCGGGUGGAGCUCUCUUUGGACCAGGUGGUGGAGCAGGUGGGGUACCUGGUGCUGGGGCUACCGGGCGAAGAGGAGGAGUACCAGGUUAUUAUGGCUCCCAGGGUGGAGCUGGCUAUCAACCAGGAGGCUACGGAGUAGGAGAAGCGGGACAGUCAGGGCAGAAAUCAAAGGCACAGAAGGCAGCCAAAUACACAGCCAUGCAAGGCUUCCUGGGAGCACGCAGCUACAGAGGGGUCGCCGACUGCCAGGGUAUAUACUGCGGACGGAGGAGGAAGUGAGAGAGCAGCAAAAAGAAGUGACCUCAUCAACAACAUUGUGGUGCUACUGCAUGAUUCAAGAAUGUACUGAUUUUCAACUACUAAUAUUUCCCUUUUUUCUUUUAAAGUGUGAAUCUCGGGCAAUGGCAAAACCAGAGCCUGUUUGAUCUUUUAUUCUGAAACUGUGAUCAUGUGUUUAUUGUUCCUCACCUGUACCCCUUUAGCCCCUCCUGUGUGUACCCCAUUUACCCAUUUAGCUCCACCAAGAAUCAUGUUUGUUUAAAACACUGAUACUAAGGCGUCCCACAACGGAGUGCCUCUAGACCUGUCUGUAUGCUGACUAAACUGUCUGUUUUCUGAUUAAUGUGACUAACAUCCCUCUAUAAAGCUAUGCUAUUGACACACAGGCCCAGACUUACUCAACAUUUGCACCUGCACUUUUCAAUAUACCUAGUUUUUGUUCAAGUUGUUUAGUUGCAAACAUUUACAAUAUCUGGCCCAAGGCGUCUUGAGAUAUAUACACACACUGCUGCCAUAAAUUUAAAUCAUAGGAGAUAUCUUUAGAGUGGUAAUCUUACAACCACCAUUUUUGAUUUAGAACUGUGUCCACUCUGAACCCUCAAAAGCAGUGUGUGUCCACAGCAACGCUCAUGUUCUAACUCUGAUUCUAGUUUCAGCAGUUCUCAAAAAAAAAAGGAGCUUAUUGCCCUUAGAGCCAUUAGUAAAGGUUUUAAGAUCUUAUAUGCAGUCGUGUAUAAUGCCUUUACAGAAUAUAUAUAGUAAGGUUUAACUAAGCCACUUGCCUGAAAUAUUAUCAACAUCUUUCUGAAUGGCUGUAUAACACUGAAUUGCUGUGAGUGUUUUGAAUACUUAAUCACACCGAUAUGACUGUGUUAGUACAGCCAUAGUUGAGAUGACUGAAAAUGCAAACGUAUAUUUUCUUUGUUUAAAAUCCUCAUCUUGGCUUUACUGAGAGCAACAGUACCUACAUGACAUUUGCAGUUGAUUAAAACUAAUAUUAUAAUCAUGCUCAUCUCCACAGAUUGGCCUGUUUUCAGACCUAUCACCGUAAAACAUAAUUCUGUUCACUCAAAUUAUUUGAAAAACUGAUUUCCUUGACUCAUUAAAUUAAAGCAACACAUUUUUUGUAAGUUACCAGUACUCAGUUCAUUUAGUUUUAGUGACUUAGAAGAUUAUGUUACACAGUGAACUGUAGAGAGCAUAUAACUGCAGACUGUUGACAAAAGCCCCGCGUUUUUACGCGCGUUAAUUCACCCAGGAAAUAGAAUGAAUGAGAGACAACAGAUGGGCCUCAACGGUGUCAUUACACAUCAGUUUAGAAGGAAGUCUAUUUCUCUCCACAUCUACAAGAAGCAAUGCUGGUAAAAUUAGCAAAUAAAUUGCCAGAAAAUAGACUGUUUGCAUCGUUAUAUCUGGAAAUGUGAAAUGUAUCGUUAAAAAGUGUCUAUUCAGUGUUGAUCAGUUUAACUGCCAAUACAUAUUUGAAAACAAAUGCAUACAAUUUCGAUCACAGGCAUAUAGCCUAGGCCAGGGGUCUCAACUUUUCUAGCCUGAGUUACUUUAAGAAAAAUGUGACAUGUUGCUUCUCCUCUCCCAUUCAACUCUUCCUCAGGUCCUUAGUGUAUAAGAGAAAGUAGUGCAUUGUUUCCUGUCAAUAUACCUGGUAAAAUAAGGAUUAAUAAACAACAAGGGGAGACCUAUAAAGUCAGAUUUGUUUUCUCCAAAAUUAUGUUUUCAAUUCCCCAAAAUACGUUUUCUCUGUUUUAUAUUUUCUGGUUUAAGAUGUUGAUUUUACUCUCAAAAUUACAAUUGUUCAUAGAGAAGUUUGUUCUGAGGACAUGUCAAUGGUUAAAUCACAUCAGGAUACCUUUUUUUUGGGGGGGGGGGGAACAAAUAGAUUUCCCCUUUAUUGUGCAUCUAGCGAGUAAGGAAUGUGCCUUCUAAUGUGCCAGUCUGCGAUGGAACAGAUGAAAAAUUGCAUAUACUUUCAGAAUUGUUUGGUGAGCUACUCAUAGGUGAGCUGCGAGCUACUGGUAGCUCAUGAACAACCUGCCGUAGACCCCAGGCCUUGGCAGACUACGGCUGGGAAACUCGAGGAACUACGAUUUCAAGAGAGAAUACUAUUAUGUAGGAAGAACGAACUAGCUAAAUUCCUUAUAGACUGCUCGGGUUUAUUAGCUACAACUCUCCUCAUGUUCAUGAAUAACAUUUUUUUUGCCUGUGCAGGCAGGUAUGGUGGCUCCCAUAGGACAUCUAAGAUGAGUCAAAAGGAACACACAAAAAUAGUUCCCAGGUGCUAUAUAGCGAACAUAACAAUUACAACUGUUUAUUAUGGAUUAUCAUGACGAUUACGUUGGCAUACGCUACGCAGUAUAUGUGAAUUGACGCUGGCCUCUCGCAAGCAAAUUUCACACCGUUGACAGGCAUCUCCGGGUGAUGCAGUUCAAGUCUUUUCACUCUGAACUUAAACUAUUUGUUUACUUUAGCUUUUUAAAUUAUGAAGGAAAAAAAAUGCUAAAACAUUUUCAACAAUGUCUACUCUUCUGAUUUAAAAAAAAUUAAGUGCUUUAUUUUUUUACAUUGUCUUUGAAUGCUCUCUAAUGCUAGUGUUACCUGAGGUGUCAUGUUACAUGUUUAAUGAAACUUUGUAAUCUUGAGUUAUCAUCUAUGGGCUCUAGUGUUUAUAUCAUUAAGCCCAGACAGACAAAGAACAUCUGUGUUUUACCUUAGAAGAGAAUGAUGCACUUUUUUUUUUUUACACGGUACACAGUUUUUAAAUAAAGAAAUUACCUGAA